AUGGCUAACGACCAACCAGGAAUUUCUCCCUAUUUGACAGAACUCAUAACCAUCCAGUUCAAGGAGAAACGAAAUGCCUAUCCAGUACCUCGACAAGUCCUCAAACGUUUUGAGAUUUUUUCGAGAUACUUUGAAAAGUACAAAGACGCCUCAGAUGUUUAUAUGGACAUUGCCGAGGAAGACAUCGGCCACACCAUAAUCCACUGGCUUUAUACCGGCCAGUAUCAAACGCUCCCCGAUCCAUCUCUACCGUCUCAGGGAACUGCGAGACGAGAGCUAGAGUACAAGCGGAGUAUGCAUGUCUACUGUGUGGCAGACGCAUACGGACUGGGUGAGCUGGAAUGGCUUGCGAAACAACAGAUACGGCUUCAUGAAGGCUGUGUUGAUAUUUAUCAGAUCCUUGCUAUUGCUAGGGAGGUGCUUCCCAUUUUUAAGGGACGGAUGGAUCUCUCGAGUUGGUAUCUUGCGUAUCUGAGGGGAAAUCUAAUGUUUGCGUUCAAAAUCGACAGAAAUUGUUUUAAGAGGGAUGAGUUCUUUGAAUGCUUGGGACAGAUUCCGGAGCUUGACAAGUUCGUGCUAAAGAGCGUGAUAGAGCUACAUUCGUCUGAGAUCUCUGAGCUCGAAGACACUAUGAGGUUUGUGAAGGACGUUGAGGCGGAGAAUGUGGAUGAUAGUGAUGAGACUGUUCAUGAAGAUGAAUGCUCUACAGAUCCACCAGUUCAAAAUGAUAUAGUGUGGGCUGAGCCUGAGGUAUCCAAAGAAUUAGCGCCUGACUAUGAAGUCUCAUCGACAAACCCUGAAACACCACCAAGUGAUUCUGAAAAAUCGUGGAGUGAUCUGGAAUCCUUGAGCAGUGAGAUUGAUUGUGUCGAUUAUUGA